AUGGAGCAGGAUGUGCAGCGGGAACGCACACACACAGGAGAGAAGAAGUUCGCGUGUCCCGAGUGUCCCAAGCGCUUCAUGCGGAGCGACCACCUCUCCAAGCACAUCAAGAC